AUGACUACUUGUGCAGUCAAGUUUUGCAACAGUAAAAUGUCACUAACGAAAAAUAUAAGCUACUUCAGAUUUCCAAGCGACCCAUUGAGGUGUAAACAAUGUAUGGAAAAAUGUCAAACUGAACAUUUACUGAAAACAGAUGCUACUAUUUUAUACAAAAAUUACAGGGUGUGUGGUUUUCAUUUUGAAGACAAAAUGUUUUUAAAUCCAAAUAGUAGGAACCGUCUUACAAUGAAUGCUGUGCCAACCAUAUUUAGUGCUGGAAUAUUAAUGAAGAGAGAAAUGGAAAAGAAAUCGGAAGAAGAAAAGGAAAAGAAAUUGGAAGAAGAAAAGCAAAUGCGAGAAUUUGAGGCACAGGUCGCGAUGGCAUCAUGUUCUAGUCCAUCACACUCAUUAACUUACAAUGAUAAUGUAUAUACCAAUGUCAGUGACGUAUCUGGUUCCUCUUCCAUUUCUAGUAAGCUACAAGUGUCUACUAGUGAUUCAUCUUGCCAAACUCCACUUUAUCUCACUAACAAAACUCCAAGAAAAUUAAAACUAUAUAAUGAACUUCAGUCCAAAAAUAAAGAAAUUAAAGAUAUGAAAAAACAAAUUAAUGCCAUAACUCAACAAUUAGCAAAUGUUAAUACUGUUUAA